GAUCGAAGGUGUAUUUGAUUGUAGUACAACUCCAUACAACGCGAAGGAGCGUAACAAGCAAGGUCGACAAUGCCUACUGUUGAAGAAAACAGAUUGCAGUCGUUUCACAAUAUUGUCAAGGACUACAUCGCAUACAAACUUCGGCAGCAUAAUAUUUUUUUGGCUGGUUAUCAUGAGAAUUCGUCUCCUUCGGCGGCUGCCUGUCAUUUGCGACGAGUCGCGGACGAACUAAUAGAGGAGAACAGUCAGUUAUUCGAUUCCAUGUGCGACCAACUUCACCUCACACAUGCCACAACAUAUUCCACUUUUGUCGGAAUUGCGGAUGAAAUUUUCCAAAGUGGAAAAAACUGGGGCCGAAUAGUAGCGUUUCUGGCGUUUGGAGCCACACUAGCGGUGUAUUGUGCGCAAAAAGAGGAUUUGGCUCAGAAUAUCGAUAACAUUGUUGAAUGGCUCUCGGUCUACAUGGACCAGAACCUCAGCGGUUGGAUUGACGACAAUGGCGGAUGGGAUGGAUUUAUCGCUUUCUUUAAAAGAGAUGAUGGAUCUUCAGAAAGUGGGAGAAGUGGUGGAUGGCGUGUGGCAGCUGUUGCUGGUCUGGGACUUGGGGCCCUGCUUAUGCUGGCGUGUAGAUGAAGUCAAGAAAUAAUGUCUUUAAACUCGGAUAUUUAAAGAUUUCAACAUGUUUUAUCUCUAUUUACCUGUUAUAUAUUUUCUAGUUGUCUUUGAUCGGGUUUCGUUUAUAAUAAUGUGGUUACAUGUGCUCUGGGUGAACACAAACUGGACAAAAUCAGGUGUGGGAAACAUUGUGUUAAACAAUCUAAAGCAGAGAAAAAAUUAAUAUUGUUCCGUAGUUAGCCAAAGUAUUUUCCUUCAUUAUUUUUAGAAUGACCACUGCUUAAAACUUAAGAUGGUUACAACUAUGUAUAUUUUUAAGAUCUCUGUCAAUAGUGUGUGACAUUUUUAAGAUUAUGGUAUUUUCAAAUAUCAAUGACAGUUGAUUAUCCAAGAAUAAUAGAUGUGAAAUAUGUUCUUGCGCCCGUUCACUUUACUCACCAGUGGGCAUGCAUGCAUUCAGUCACUUGUAAAACUGAUGCGCACGACAUCUUUGUAUCUUCCAUGAAGAACUUAUAAUUUAUUUAAGUCAGUCUGUAAUUAAAUUAUCUUCAGUUGAAUAGAGCAUUACUGUGAAUACAUGUAUUACACUAUUUUGAGUACAUUAAAUACAGAACACCUAAGUAAGUGGCAUCCGCAAUAGUGACAUCUGUGGUUUCAACAUGAAGAUCUCUGCAUUGCUUUUUAUAGUUGAAAUCAAUUACAAAAAGAACGAAAGAAAAAAAUAAAAUGUAAGUGAAGUCUUGAAGUCUUGCUUAACGGCUUAACAAAAAGUAAUCUCAGAAUUUCAUUUUACGUAAUUUGUGUUUGUACAAACAAUUGUUUUACAUGUAACUCUUAUUUACUAUUAUUUUGGUUAGCAAAACUUGAAGUUCUGUUCAUAGUAAUCCCCAUUAACACUUGUGAACCACCUUCUGGAGUUAUAAAUAAAAUUGUUUUGAAGCAAGAUGAUAGAUAGUGAUCAUUGAUAAUGUUAUAUCUGGCUAUAUUUGUACAUAUUGAUGAGUUCUUUGAGGUUUAUAGCAGUCACCUGCCUAACUAUCAAAAGACAAGGGCAAGAAACUGAAAACCCUCCUUGAGUUUAAUUGUAACGUUUUGCUCUCUGGACCUGAUGAGCUUGGAUGAAAAAAGAAUAUCAAUAAAUAUGAAGUUAAACAUUUGUCAA